UACUUUAAUUUGAAAGGUCUUAGCCCAACCAAUAUCAAAGCCGAACUGGAUUCUACUCUGGAGGAGUCUGCUCCUUCGUUUACAACAGUAAAACAUUGGGUGGCAGAGUUUAAACGAGGCCGUACGAGCUGCGAAGACGAACAUCGCAGUGAUCGACCAAGUGAGGUGGCCAUUCUAGAAAUGGUGAAGAAAAUCCACAAAAUGGUAUUGGGUGACCGUCGAUUGAAAGUGCGCGAGCUAACAGACAUGGUAAACAUUUCAAAAAGUGCUGUACAUCGCAUAUUGGCUGAAAAUUUGGAAAUGAGAAAGCUGUGCGCAAGGUGGGUGCCGCGCUUGCUCACAAUCGAACAAAAGCAGCGUCGAGAGGAUGUUUCAAUCGAGUAUUUGGCGAUGUUUCGCAGCAACAAAGCCGAAUUUUUGCGCCGAUUCAUAACCAUGGAUGAAACAUGGGACUACUACUUCACACCUGAAACGAAGGAACAGUCGAAGCAAUGGACUGAAAAAGGGGAAUCGGCUUCGAAGAAAGCAAAAACAGUUCCAUCGGCAGGCAAGGUCAUGGCGUCAGUUUUCUGGGAUGCGCGUGGCAUAAUUUUCAUUGAUUACCUUCAAAAAGGAAGAACAAUCAAUGGCUAG